AUGUCCGUUUCGACAGCGGAUUUUCAGAAGCAAUUGGCUGCGUUGAAUGGCCACCCUGAGGUGCGUCUCUUUGUGCGCGCCUCAAUCACCGACCGCAGCACCAUCGGCGCCUGUCUCAUCUGCCACCAGUGGCUCAUGGUGUUCCGCUACAUGGUGGAGAUGGACCUGAUUCGCCUGGAGGUCGUUCCUAUCUCCUACGACAACGAACCCGAGGACUACAAGUGCCUGCACUGCUCCAAACGCCUCCCAGCCGCUUUCCUGCCGGAGUUUCAGCUGGCCGCCUCCACCCCGGACGAGUUGGAGUCUCUCUUGAGCAAAUUCCAGUGUCCUCAGCUCGCUUUGCCGUUCGAGUCCGAGGAGGUGGCCACUGCCACACAAGCCUACAUCGAUGUCUACAAAAAUGUGCUCAACUUCAUCCGCAACAACUCCGAGAACCCGCUGUUGCACGCGCUGAAAAGGCUUGAGGAGUUUUUGCAGUCGAAAAAUAAGCGCUACCUCUUGGGCGACCAGCUGACCUUCGCCGACUGUAUGCUCAUGCCGAAGCUGCAGGUGAUGCGAGUGCUCCUACGCGCCUGCAAACAAUGGGACAUACCGCUAGAGCUUGUCUACAUCUGGCGCUACGUGAAGUCGAUGUACGAGACCACGGCGUUCACCGUGACUUGUCCGCUGGACAGGGACAUUCUGAUGCACUAUAAGGAGAACAAGGCCCUGGACAUUCCCCUCAAGACUAUACGAUCGGGGGAGGAUUACCUUCACACGUGUCCAUCAGAGUUACCCUUGGUGUAG